UUCCGGUGGCCGACUUCCGCCUUCCGGCUGCCGGGCCCCGCCGCCGGCUCGCGCGCUCCAUGGCGGCCGCCGGCGCGGGGCCGGUCGAGCUGGGCUUCGCGGAGGCGGCGCCGGCGUGGCGGCUGCGCAGCGAGCAGUUCCCCAGCAAGGUGGGCGGGCGGCCGGCGUGGCUGGGCGCGGCGGGGCUGCCGGGGCCCGAGGAGCUGGCCUGCGCGCUGUGCGGCCGCCCGCUGGCCUUCCUGCUGCAGCUGUACGCGCCGCUGCCCGAGCGCGCCGACGCCUUCCACCGCGGCCUCUUCCUCUUCUGCUGCCGGGCGCCGCCUUGCUGUGCCGGUCUGCGCGUUUUUAGAAACCAGCUGCCCAGAAAAAAUGAUUUCUACUCCUAUGAGCCACCGUCUGAGGAUCCUCCUCCCGAGACAGGAGAGUCUGUGUGCCUCCAGCUCAAGUCCGGUGCUCACCUCUGCAGGGUUUGUGGCUGCUUAGGCCCCAAAACGUGCUCCCGCUGCCACAGGGCCCGUUACUGCAGUAAGGAGCACCAGGCUCUGGACUGGAGGUGUGGGCACAAGCAGGCCUGCCCGCACCCAGAUUUAGAUGGAACAAUUCCAGACCACAACUUCCUUUUUCCAGAAUUUGAAAUUGUAAUAGAAACAGAAGAGGAGAUUACACCUGAAGUUGUUGAAAAAGAAAAUGAAUCCGAAAUUGUGGGGAGCAUGGGUGAAGCACCUGAGGAAGAAUUGGAUUCUAUGGCCAAACAUGAAUCAAAGGAAGAUAAAAUUUUCCAGAAGUUCAAAACUAAAAUAGCGCUUGAGCCGGAACAGAUUCUCAGAUACGGCAGAGGGAUUGCACCCAUCUGGAUCUCUGGUGAAAAUAUCCCUCAAGAAAAGGAUAUUCCACAUUGUCCCUGUGGUGCCAAGAGGAUAUUUGAAUUCCAGGUCAUGCCUCAGCUGCUCAACUACCUGAAGGCCGACAGACUGGGCAAGAGUGUCGAUUGGGGUGUCCUGGCUAUCUUCACCUGUGCUGAAAGCUGUAGACUGGGGAUUGGCUACACAGAGGAAUUUGUCUGGAAGCAAGAUAUAACAGAUACACCCUAAAGACACUGUAAAGCCUCACAGAUGCUCUUAAUCUCUUGGACCUUGCAAGACCAUUUCUACACUUUAUCCUAAGAGACAAAAGUACAAAGAUGUUGUUUUAGGCGAGUUUACAAUGUGUAAAUAUUAGUGAAACAAUAAUGUCCAGUGACAGGUAAUUAAAUGUUGGUGAAUCCCUACAGAGGGUAAUACAGUCUUAAUGACGUAGACUUGUAUGUACAAGAUACAGCUUUAAACUGACACAAGAUCUUCAUGGCAUGUUCAUAUCUUUGUUAAAGUAUUUAUACACGUGUAUGUCCACAGAAACCUGGAAAGAUACGCACUUGGUGGGAACUAGUUAACUAAGGAUGGUGGGACUAAGUGAAAUAAUUGUUUUACCUACGUGUUUCUUUCUACAAUAAAAAUGGGUUAAUUGCCUAAUUAAGACAA